CGCGCGGUCGCUCACCUCUUUACCUCCAUCGCCAAAAAUGCCAUUGGGACCACCAUCUUCGGCAAUACAUAUCCAAACUCCCUCAGUAAAUCAAAAUAUACCUCGGACACCCACAAGCAUUACUAUUCACCCCGUUGCUCUCUUCUCCAUCCUCGAUCACUACCUCCGACGAAAAGAUGACCAACCACGAGUAAUAGGCACCCUUCUGGGUACUCGAACGACCUCCUACUCCGAAUCCUCUGCCAGUGAAAACGAAAUCCAUGUCCAUAGCUCUUUUGCCGUCCUACACAGCGAAAACUCUGAACAGGUUGCUGUCGACAUGGAGUAUCACCGAACGAUGUUUGAGCUACACAGCAAAGUCCACCCAAAAGACGUUAUCGUUGGGUGGUAUUCUACAGGAGGAGAAGGGAAUCUGAACACCUAUUCUGCCCUCAUUCAGAAUUUUUACGGCCAAGAGACGGCGCCGAACAUGGCUGUACAUGUAAAUUUGAGUACGGGAUUAGAAGAGGGAACAAAAGCAGGGGUUAAGGGAUAUGUUAGUUCUCCCGUUGGUGUCUUCCCUAAGCCUGAAAACUGUGUUUUCGUACCUAUACCCGUUCACCUCCAAUUCGAACGUAGCGGUGUUGAUCUCCUCACAUCAACAGCUCAGCUUCCUUCAUCCAUCUCUGCUCAACCCACCUCCGAACUAGAACUCCUCGAGUCAUCGCUGCAAAACGUUGCCGAGAUGUUGGACCGUGUACUUGCAUAUGUCCGAUCCGUACUGUCCGGUGAAGUCGAAGGUGAUCCAGCGUUGGGAAGGUAUCUCAUGGACACUCUCGGAACGAGUACAGAUGAUCUAGAAAAGGGAGGCUUUACAUCGAGACUGCAGGAUACCCUGAUGUUCUCGUAUCUCUCCAGCUUGGUACGGUCUCAGGCGGAGGUAUCCUCGCGAUUGGCACUCGUAACGUCUUAGAUUGGGAGAAACUUUGACGUGUUUUUUUUUUUGGCACAUCGAACCUGUAGGAUGUACCGUAGAAUUAAAAUCUUCCACCACCAGUGUAUCGGAGAGCCU